AUGGUGGGAAGAGAUAUGAGGAGGGAAAUGGAGGACUUCAGGAAAGUGGCGGAAAGGAUGGGCAAGGAGAUAGAGGAAUGGAAGAAGGAAGGGCAGAGAUGGAAGAAAGAGAAGGAGAAUCUAAUAAGGAAAGUGAAAAUACUAGAAAGUAGGAUGGCGGAGAAGGGAGUAGUGGCAAAGGAGAGUAAAAAGAAGGAGAAAAGGGAAGGGGAAGGAAGUCUUGAGGGGAGAGUGGUGGUUAUAGAGAGGGAGAUAGAGAUGAGGGAAAGAGUAGAAAGGAAAAGAAGAAAUUUGAUAAUCAAGGGAGUAAAGAAGGAGAAAGGGGAUAUAAGAUGGGAGGUUGAGAAAGUAUUUAAAGAGAUUAGAGCUGUAGUUAAAGUGGAGGAAAUAAGAAGAUUGAACGGAGGUAGUGAGGAUAAAGGGGAGAUGGUGUGGGUGAGGGUGGAAAAAAGAGGUCAAAAGGAGAAUUUGGGAAAAGAAAAAGAAUUUAAAAGGUGGAAGAGUAUGGAUUGA